AUGGUGAAAAAGCUCGGUCAGUGGCUUCCACAUGCGUUGAGCGACGGCAACCGCCAAAGACGCCUGGACAUCUGCACUCAGCUGCUCUCCAGAAGCCGCAGAGUCGAUUGGCUGGACACCAUUGUCACUGGAGGUGAAAAAAAAAACAACCACACCUACAAACAUGCGUGGUGCGCUGGCGAUGAAAUGCCGGAUCCUUUCGUGAAAGGUGAAAUCCAUGAGAAGAAGGUCAUGCUGAGCGUCUGGUGUGGAGUUAAUGGAAUCUACCGUUUCGAAUUGCUGCCGGACAACAAGACAGUUACUGCCGAUGUCCACUGCGCUCAACUGCAAAGACUGAUCCGCAAGGAGCACCCGAAGCUCGACAUCGUUCGCCUGCUGCGCGAUAACGCACGUCCUCUUAUCGCGAAGAAGACUUCCCAGAUAAUUCUGAAGCUCGGAUGGGAGGUUCUACCACACCCGCCGUUCAGCCCGGACUUGGCUGACUACCACCUCUUCCGGUCGCUUCAGCAACAUCUGGAAGAGAAACGCUACGAUGAUCGUGGCCACCUCGAAAAUGACCUUCGGGCUUUCUUCGCCUCCAAGUCACCGGAGUUCUACGCCAAAAGAAUCCGUUGUCUUGUGAGACGUUGGCAGAAGGUUGUCGAUGUUGAUUGA